AUGAGGUCGAUGAGGAGUAAGAGGGGCAGCAAUGAAGUAAACCAAGUCAGGUACGUAUUUGUCGCUGCGUACGAGGUGGACAAGAUAGGGGGCAUAAAUGAUAUAGAAUCGUUCUAUAACAUCAUGGAUAAGCUAAUGGAGACGACACAGAGAGAGGGGAGAAACGGCCUGCAGGUCGUAAUACCCGAAGGACUGAACCCGGACUAUGCAAGGAAGAUACUAGAGGGAACGGCAAGAAAAAGCGACAUGGCUGUUACCAUCCUGACCGCCACUGAUCCCCAAGCGAAGACCCGGAAGACAAAACAGUCGCGAGAGGAAAAUUACGCCAUUACGGUGAGGAGCGGAGAAAAGACAUAUGCUGAACUGGUGAAGACAGUCAAGGAUGGGAUGGCAGGGGAGGAGACAGGUGUGAAAAUCACCAGGAUAAGAAAAACGGCAGCAGGACAUAUGCUUCUCAACAUUGACGGAGGGGAGGAGAAGGCAAGAAACUUGAGAUAUAAAAUCUGUAAUAAAACUAAGGAUCUUCAAGUAAAGGUAGCCAGCAACAAAGCCACGAUAAUUGUCUCCGGAAUGGAAAUAACGGCAACAAAUGAAGAAACAGUCAACGCACUAGCAAAAGAGCUGGGCACAGAUGCCAGGGAAGUUGACAUAAAGCAUGUCAGAACUAGGCAAUAUGGUGAGCUGACUGCAAUAGUGGAAGUGCCGAAAGACACUGUAGGCAGCUUAUUGAAGAGGGGAACGAUACGAAUUGGACUCCCGCAAUGCCGAGUAGUGGAGAGAAUAGAGCUUCCGAGAUGUUACAGGUGUCUGGAUUUCGGCCACAGAACAACCGACUGCCAAGGGGAGGACAGGAGCGACCGAUGUGUAAAGUGCAGACAGGUUGAUCACAGGGUGAAUGAUUGUACCAAACAAGCCUACUGCUGGAAGUGUAAGCGCUCAGGGCACAGGGCGGACCAGAUGAGAUGUCCUUCUUUUAAAAAACUGGUGGAGGCACGCCGUAAAGCACGCCUCGCUAGGAUCUAG